GAAAUGUGCCUGCAUUAAUAAAACAUUCCUCUGAUGGCGGAUGAUUCCGACGAAGAAAGACGAGGUACAACACUUGUGACGAACCAACCUUAUGAUGAAUCAUUAGAGAUACCGGACGCUGAGGAAGUCGCAUCUCAGUAUACGCCAAGCCCCAGACAACCUGGUACUCUCCCAGGUCGUGGGAGCAGUCCGCACACCAGUGGCAAGAGAGGGAUUUCCCCACCAGGUUCGAUGGAGGACAACAGCGAUGAUGAUUUCGAGCAAGGUCCCAUGGAGACUAAGGACGUGAGCGGACCCUUACAGCCCAUUUCCCAAGCGUACCAACAGAGGGCAGCAAACCCUCGUCAGGACGUCUUAUCUGAUGAUGAUGAUGAUGAUGACGAUGAGGAUGAAGACGAUGAUGGAAGUGACUCGUCAGGAGAAGAUGAUGAGGAGGAAGAGGGGCAAAAUAUGGCGCUAGAGGGAGCGUAUGAUCCUGCAGAGUAUGAGAAUCUUCCAGUGAGUUCGGAGAUCAAGGAGUUGUUUCAAUACAUCACACGCUACACACCGCAGACCAUUGAUCUGGAACAUAAGCUGAAACCGUUCAUUCCUGAUUAUAUUCCUGCUGUCGGAGACAUUGACGCAUUCAUCAAGAUACCACGUCCAGACAACCAAUCGGACACCCUUGGCCUCACCGUCUUAGACGAGCCGUGCGCCAAGCAGUCCGACCCAACAGUCCUCGACCUGACCCUACGUGCCAUCUCUAAGCAGACUACCACGAAGGCAAUGCAGGUACGGAGUAUUGAGGAAGCCAGUAAGAACCUUAAGCUGGUCAGUAACUGGGUGGAGAGCAUCAGUCAGCUUCAUCGGUCCAAACCACCGCCAACUGUCCACUACAACAAAACCAUGCCGGACAUUGAAUCGCUGAUGCAAGAAUGGCCGCCAGAGUUUGAGGAGUUACUGAAGCGUGUUGGUCUCCCUACGGCUGACAUGAACUGUGAUCUUGACCAGUACGUAGACAUGGUCUGCGCUACCCUAGACAUCCCGAUCUACCAGAGCCGAAUCCAAGCACUGCACGUUCUUUUUACUCUCUACUCGGAAUUCAAGAACUCACAGCAUUUCAAGAGUUUAGCGGAAGACAACAAACUGGACAACAAGUUGAAGGAGCAUAACGGGGAUGAGGAUGACUACGGAGGUGGAGGGGAAGACACUGACCGACUCGUCUUCUAAAUCAGUCAAUUUUUUUUCCAAAGUUUGUACAGUUGACUCUCAUUAUGACAAGAUCGCUGAGACUGGCCAAUUUACCUCCUUAUAACGGGAACGUUGUUAUAAGAGGACAGCAAUCGUAGGAACAUAAAGCAGAAAUGAGUUUUGGGACUUCAGAAUACACUCUUUGUGAGCAGAACCUCUUUUUAACAGAACAGAACUAUUUAUAAAACAAGAAUGUUGUUAUAUGAGGACAACAAAACAAAGAAACACAAAGCAGAAAUAAGAUUCUGGACUUUAGAAUGUACUCUUUAUGAGCAAAACCUCUUCUUAAGGGUGUUCUUUAUAAUGGGAGCCAAUUGCACAUAACUUUGGUCUCAGAACUAUCUUUGUUAGUGGACCAAGAUCUAGAUAAAUCUGGUUGGCUUUUGCUUAGCAGGACUGAUAUCGCCUACCAAACUUCUGCUAAGCAAAAUUUUGCAGGAAACUUGGCCCAAUUCCAUCAAACUUUUCUUCUAGCAGUGUAUAUUUGUUCAAUUAAUGUACAUCUUUGGUACAGUCUCAGAACUAUCUGUGAAAAAUACAGUUUGUCAUUUUCCCAGCAGAGUAAAAUUUCUGCCGAGUCAAAUUUUGCAGGAACCAGUCACUUAGUUAUGACAUAGGAAUUUGACUGGUAUUCAACUCUUGUGCUUAAGGAGCUACAUGUACAUUAAAUUUGGCGGAGGUACUUAGGAAUGAGGUGGUUGUGAGUAGCCUUGUUUUUCUCCAGAACUUGGUUUCAGUUGGCUAAAGUUCCCUAAAUUCUAACCUGUUGAAUCAAAUCACUAAAAAAGGUUGUUGGUCUUUUACAUGCAUUUCACAAUACAUGAGACCUACACGGCUUUACAUCCCAAUAUUCGUUUAUCUUGGACUGGGUUUCGAACCCACACCCUGCUGAUCAGAAACACCAGGGCUUGAGUCUGGUGUUCUUAUCCGAUCCGCCACAGGACAGCUCUGUCAAGCACAUUGAUCGAUAAAUGAAGCUUGCUGCACAAGUCAUCUACUGUUUUACUUAAACUAGUUGUUUGUGUCCUGUUUAUGUGACUGUAUCCCAACUUUUGGUACACUUAAAAGAAAUAAAUUAUUUUCUGUGUGAAUAUGUAACCUA